UCCCAGCGGAUGCAGUCUUGGGCUCCCGGCCCUGCAAGCCCUGCUGCUGGUCGACAUCGGCCCCUCUGCGCUCAUGGCUUCCCCGAACAAGGCAGUUAUUGUUCCUGGGAAUGGAGGUGGGGAUGUGGCCACCCACGGCUGGUACGGCUGGGUGAAGAAGGGGCUGGAGCAGAUACCUGGUUUCCAGUGUUUGGCUAAAAACAUGCCUGACCCAAUUACAGCUCGAGAGAGCAUCUGGCUGCCCUUCAUGGAGACGGAGCUGCACUGUGAUGAGAAGACCAUCAUCAUAGGCCACAGUUCUGGGGCCAUUGCAGCCAUGAGGUAUGCAGAAACACACCAAGUAUAUGCUAUUGUGUUAGUGUCUGCAUAUACCUCUGACUUGGGGGAUGAAAACGAGCGUGCCAGUGGAUACUUCAACCGUCCCUGGCAGUGGGAGAAGAUCAAAGCCAACUGCCCUUACAUUGUGCAGUUUGGCUCCACUGAUGAUCCUUUCCUUCCCUGGAAGGAACAACAAGAAGUGGCUGAUAGGUUGGAAGCCAAAUUGUACAGAUUCACUGACCGUGGCCACUUUCAGAAUAUGGAGUUUCAUGAACUGAUUAGCGUGGUAAAGUCUAUGCUGAAAGUACCAGCAUAGGUAGGAUUACUUCUGCUGUUUUACAUUCCAAUAUAGGGGUAGAGCAAUGAUCAGGUUAUUAAUAGAUAAAAAUGAUCUAUUAUGAGAUGAUUAGUAGACACAUAAAACAGAACAAAGUUCCGGAAAAAUAACCCAGAAGUUCAAUAUUCAAACUAAGUUACAAACAGCGUUUCCAUUUUCCAUUGGAUUUCUAUCUCACAAACUGCCAUGAACUAAAGCAGUAUUUUUCUCAUUUGAUCAGGGACAUAAGGACAGUUUAACCACCUUUAUCUGUCCAAAGUGAGUAAGAUAGAAGUGGAAUCCAGCUUUCCUGAUUCCCAGUUCACAUUAAAACUAGUUUGUGUAUGUUGUAGGAGUUGUACUCCUCUUUGAAAUGAACCUUUUUCUAGUUGGCAGGGUGGGGUGGGGUGAGGAAAAUGACUAAAGGUCCAGAGUGUUGGCUUAGAGCUCAAAACACUAGCUGUUCUGAGCUGGCCCAAGACAUUAAACCCAGACUGGGGCCUUCAUCUUUGACCCCUGCCCCAGUCCUUCAAACAUGUUGAGGGAGAGGGAUGCAUAUGGAUCUAAGAGUUAGGUCUGCCAGGUCGGGCAGGGAACAGAAGCCCAGCCUGUAAAAAUAUGUCAGCAUAGCCAACCAGAUGUGUGCUAGACCAGCGUGGUGGGAAUUUGGGCAGCAUGGAGAACUCGUGCCCUUUCUAAAUUGUUGCCAUCUGGGAAGGUAGCAGGGUGUUGCCAAUUUUCUGAUUUUUUGAGGGAAAAACUUCAUGCAGUGGUUUUCAUAUCUAGGGACUAUAUGUUUAUAUACACAGUUUAUAUGUAUAUGAAUUAUGCCCAAUAUAUGUACAUAUGGAUUACGUAAGUCGACAACGACAGCGUAAAUAAAAAAUGUACAAACACUGCAAGACACACAAAGUCCAAGCCGCCCAUUUGUGACCUCUGCCAUUAGGAAUUAACUUAGCCAGGUGCUUUAAAUGAUUCUCUCUAAGCCUGAGAAAUGAAUUUAAUGUCGAAGGAUGAAAUCAUGGGAACAAUUUAGAUUUUGUUACAAAAUUCUAAGUAAUCUUUCCAUACUUCAAAUUUUGUUCUGUAAAGAGUUCUACCUUUUAAAUUCUAUGUUCCUUUAGCUCACUUUCAAGCAUCAUUCCAUUUUUCUUCUGAUCAUACUCCUUCAAAAAAAUUGUUUUUUCUUUCCAAUAUUUUUUGGCUGUUACAAUCCCUAAGUAUUGACUCAAAACAAUUUCCAGUGACUUUGUACAUGUUACAGAACCUUAUGUUUGCUGCAAAAAUAUGAAUUUCGUCACUAUUUAUGUCUACAGGAGAUUCAAAGCCACCAUUUUAACCUGAAAAGUCUUGGCUUCUAAAUGUGUUCAAAGAAAAUAUGGAAAGACUCUAAACUUUAAUAACAGUUAUCUUUGGGGAAUGGGCAUUUUAGGUACAGUGUGAAGGAAGUCUCCUUUUUGUUUUGUACACCUGGGGAUUGAGUUUGUUAUAGUGAACAUGUAUUUUAUAAUUAAAAUGACUAUGUUUAAAACAACUCAUUUGACAUGUUAGUGAGAAGCAAAUUAGAUAAACCAAUUGAGUAGUAAUUUUCUUAAAGAUGUUUGAUUUGACCAAGUCUAUAACCAAAGUUUGAUUCUAUUUGAAUUGUUUGGAAUUAGUAAUCGUUCUUACUCUUGGCAUUGUUUUCUGAAGUCCUUUUUCAAAAAAUUACAAACUUACACUACAAAUGACAGUUAAUAAUAUUUUGUCCUCUUUCUCCACAGAAAAAUACAUACAAGUGAGAAAUAAUUUUGAUAUCUUUCAUUCCUAUAAUUAACAUAGACCUAUGUGACUGUAAGGAUUGUGCUAUAUAAUAUGGUAGCCAGUAACCACAGGUAGCCAUAAAUUGAAUUCAUUUCUUCAUUCAAGUCUUAACAGUCACGAAGUGACAGGUGGGUACUUUUACUGAACAGAUGUGGAAUACUGUCACUAUAAAAUGUCCAGCAGCAGUAAUCUAGGGCAUGUAUUUUCUUCCCUUACCCACAAUCUAAUAAUGAGUAAUAGUUGAAAGUAAAAGUCACUCAACUUGAAAUUACUUGUUUGACUAGUUUUUACUCAGCUGAUCACCAUAAAAAUCAUGGCUCAUAAAAUUUACUCCUCAUCAAACGAAGUUCAGAGGAAUUUUAUAGAAGAAUGCCACAUAAACUAUCCAUUUAAACCAUUGAAUCAUGGUCUCUCAGAAUUGUCUGACUCCCUAUGAUCAUUAGUAAGCAGAACAGAAGGGCCCUGACAGACUUCAGGGUGUAUCUCUUCUCAGGUGACCAAAAUACCUUAUACUAAAUGGAAAUCAACUGUAAGGAUUAGGACUUCACCACAAUUUGAUUUUUUUUUUUUUUUUUUAAUUUUUUUUGGUGUCAUGAGUCUAGAGCCCCAUAACUUGUUUUGGUCAAAGUUUACUUCUGGUGGGUAAAUAUCGAUUUAACUAUAUAUCGGAGCUGCUGUUGUUUGUUUUUUUUAACGUUUAUUUAUCUUUGAGAGACAGAGACCGAGCAUGAGUGGGGAAGGGGCAGAGAAAGUGGGACACAGAAUCCAAAGUAGGCUCCAGGCUCUUAGCUGUCAGCACAGAGCCCGAAGUGGGGCUCGAGCUCAAGAACUGCGAGAUCAUGACCUGAGCCAAAGUUGGAUGCUCAACUGAUGCCACCCAGGCACCCUCAGAGGUGCUAUAUUUUUAAACUAUUGUCUCUUUUCUCCUUCAGUUAAUAUUCAGAAUGAAAGACCUGCUAUGGGAAAACCAUUUAAAGGGUCUCUUUAUUCUGGUGAGUCAAUGAACUUUUGUUGUAGCCUUUGAUUGUAAGCUUUAAAAAUCAAUCUUUGGCUAUCAAGACAUAAUACAAAAUCUGUAGUUAAUACAUGAACUGCUUCCUCCUCCCUACAUCUACCUCUCCCCCCAACUUCAGUUUUCUCAUUAAAUAAGACUAGCGCCUCUGUGACAGGCCAGGUUCCAAGAAGGACAAAUAAUGUUCUUACUAUUCUAGCUUUCCUUGGGGGUGGAAGAGAAAGGCUUGUGUAGUUUCAGGCUCCUAGAUUCUUCUGUAUCUUCUAUAUAUUUAAUACUUGAAAUGAUCCUUGUUUCAAAGUGCUGGUGUCAUCGAAUGCUAUUUUAUAGAGCUGGCCACAAACUCCAUCUGGUUCUUAGUUGGUUACUGAGCUGAUUUCAUUUUAUUGAUCCCAUUUAUCUCAAAGUUACCCUUCUGAUGGCUGCCCACUUGGAGAAUCUCCAAACUGGUAGUUGAACUCCGGUGUCAGUAGUAGCUGACCUUCAAUUCCUUUCCCUUGGUCCCAUACUUUUGGCUUGGACACAGAAAUCAGAGUGGAGGUACAAAGUGAAAAUACAAUAGCCGAGAUCCUAAAAAGCUAACUUUUGUGCAACAGUACACUGAAUAACCUAAUGUUUUCUCUAUGGCUAAUGAUUAGGACUAGAAGUACUAUUAGAAAUGAGAACAAUUAUAAUGGCUUUCUGCUUAGCCUAGACUAAUUACACCAUGAUUUUAGAAGAGAAUACGGAAACAAAUCUAAAAUAGGACAAGAAAAGAAGAAUGGUACUCUGCUCACAAUGAAGUACAAAUGGAGGGUAAUGGAUUAUGGGACAGUUCUAGCAAAUAAUACAGUUGAACCACAGAAUGAAACUUGGAAGACUUUAACAAAGGAUCAGUGAAAACAUUCUCUUGAAGAUGAGAAUAAUGUAACUAUGCGCUGAAAAUCCUUGAUAAUAGUCAUCAUUUGCAUUUGAGGUAAGUACAAAGGCAUAAUCCUCUGAAAUAAUAUUUCUGACAUAAGGAAUUAAUAGUGUGCGGAAAAGAGAUGUUCCACUCUCUUCCCCACUCUUCCCUAAGUGCUGUUCCUGCCCCAUCACUUUUAAUUACUUAAUGAAACCACUGAGGAAAGAGAAAACAAAUGGCAAUAGUGAAGUAGAUGUAAAAAAUUUCCAAUGAAGAUCUUAAUAACUAACUUGGAAAAGGGCAUUUUUAAGCUCUAGCCAUUAUCAUAGUAUUUGGCAAAUAUGGAUUUAUUGGCUUCUUUUUCCAUGAACCAUCACAAGUCUUGAAGGCUUCAGAAGGUGGUCUUCCAGAAGUUCUAAGUAUUUAUAGAAGAAUGGAUUUCAGUAUUAGCCUUACCUGCUUCAUAUUCCGUUGCCUACUCUACCAUUAUAAAUUUAGUCUUCAUAGAUAAAAAAAUAUUUUUUCAUAGCAGCUAGUCUAUCCAUUAUUGUGAAGUUUGCUUUCAAGGGUAUUUGAUGUUCCAUCACGAAUUAAAUUAUUUGCUCUCAAAGUAACUUCAUUUGCAAAAUGUCAGUAAAGUUCCUAGCUCUCUUAAAAUUCGAGCCACUCUGUCAUAUAAAUACAGUUAGAUGGUGAAAUCUCACCACCUUCAUGGCAGUCGUCAAAAACCUUUAAAAAGAAAAAAGUUUACAAUCAAAUGAGAGUUUUAAAAUUAUUAUAUUAUAGGUAAAGUCUUAAGUGUCAACUACAACUAUACUUUCUGUUAACAACAUAUCCAAGACCCAACCAUUCUCUAAAGCGGUAUUAAAAGUGACACUUUGAAACUGAAAGAGACUAGAGCUGUAAUAGGACCUGCUGUGUGAUUAUAAAGUUAGUUAAUGAGAGACCUCUCACUGUAGCACUAAGAUGACAUGUUCUGCCCACUGGCCCAAAGGCUAUUUGCAGGUAACAGGGAUACAGGAAAGCAGAUCUGUAUGUGUGUUUGACUAGGCAAAUGUUUCGUGUUUAACUACAUUCUUUUUUGUGAAGGGUGCUAAACAGAAUUCCCAAUAUGCUCGCUUUUUUCCCUAGGAGUUGACACGAGCAUACAGACAGCUUAGGCAUAUAGACAAGGGCCAGUAUAAAGAAAUAAAACAGCAGCUGUGAGGGCCGGGACAGGGCCUGCAGCACGCAGCUGGCAAGCAGUAAAUGGGAACGGAUGGAUGGAGAGUGCUGGGGCAUGCUGCAGGGGAAAGCACAUCUCUGGGUUUGAAUCCUGAUUCUUCUAAGCUGUAUAUCUUGUAUCUUCCUUAGCUUCAAGCUUAUGCAGAAAUAACACCAUUAGCUCCAAGGGACAGGAGGAGAUUAAAUGAGACCACAUAAAUCUUCAAGAACAUACCUGGCCUGUGACACAGGAUUCUCAGCAAAUCCUAUUUCCCUCCCUACUUAGGUUAAAUGAUUAGCCCUCGUUAAAAAUUGUCCAUUUUAGGGCCAAACCCAGAAAAACACAAAUUUCCCUAACCUGGUUAUUCUAAAAAGGAAUGUCAAGCCAUGACUUGUUCAUCAAAGGCCUGUCAUCAAAGUUUACGUGGAGGUUU